AUUUGGAAUUUAAUUAUAAUUAAAUAAAGAAAAAUGAUGCCGUUCAAGUGGAAAUAUUCAAGAAAUUUUCAAUUUCCCUUUUCCCUCUUACUCCUACUGCUGACAAUUAUUGUGGAUUUACUUGCCAUCGAAGCCGUACGUAUAGCCGGGCCACAAGCACCACAGCGUCUAAAAGAUCAAACACCUGCCAGUUCAUUUUGGCAAUCACAUCUGGCCUCACCUUCCACUUCCGCACCCUUUGAUGCACCCUUCUUUUCAGCUACACAUGGCAUUGUGCAAACCCAUCCGUCAUUAAGUGGCAGUAUACCACGACCCGUGCCAUUGACCAGCAACAGUUUAGGCAGUGGCAGUAGUAGUCCUAAUAAAGCAGCUCUAACGGCCGGCAGUGGUUAUUUGAAUUCGCGUGGCAGUCUACCAUCGUCUGCCCGUUAUCCUUCAUUAGCAGCCAGUAAUACGGUAGUCAGUCCUAAUCCGAGAUCACCGUUUAGACAUUUAGAUUUCUCUACCAGCGCCACAGCCGAAUUAAGACGUAAUCCAGCGCUAUCGGCUCCAGAUGAAUGCGCACGUGCCUGUCGUGAAGGUGAACCGCCAAGAAUAUGCUAUUAUCAUUUCACUUUGGAAUAUUACACAGUUUUGGGAGCCGCCUGUCAAGUGUGUACACCCAAUGCUACCAACACAGUAUGGAGUCAUUGUCAAUGCGUGUUAGCUGAUGGUGUUGAACGUGGUAUACUGACAGCUAAUCGCAUGAUACCCGGCCCCAGUAUACAAGUUUGCGAAAAUGAUAAAGUUGUCAUCGAUGUGGAAAAUCAUAUGGAAGGCAUGGAAGUAACCAUACACUGGCACGGCAUAUGGCAACGCGGUUCCCAAUACUAUGACGGUGUACCGUUCGUAACACAAUGUCCUAUACAGCAAGGCAACACGUUCCGCUAUCAAUGGACAGGUAAUGCGGGUACACAUUUCUGGCAUGCUCAUACAGGCCUGCAGAAGUUGGAUGGUCUUUACGGUAGCAUAGUCGUACGUCAACCACCUUCACGUGAUCCAAAUUCGCAUUUAUAUGACUUCGAUUUGACGACACACAUUAUGCUAAUCAGCGAUUGGUUGCAUGAAGAUGCUGCUGAACGUUAUCCUGGCCGUUUGGCUGUUAACACUGGACAAGAUCCCGAAUCGUUAUUAAUAAAUGGAAAAGGUCAAGUCCGUGAUCCGAAUACUGGUUUCAUGACAAACACACCUUUGGAAAUUUUCACAAUAACACCGGGACGCCGCUACCGUUUCCGUAUGAUUAAUGCUUUCGCUUCGGUUUGUCCAGCUCAGGUGACAAUCGAGGGCCACAAUUUAAUGGUUAUAGCCACAGAUGGUGAACCUGUGCAUCCGGUUGAAGUGAACACGAUCAUAUCUUUCUCAGGUGAACGUUAUGAUUUUGUCAUUACUGCCGAUCAGCCAGUUGGUGCUUAUUGGAUACAAUUAAGAGGUUUGGGCGAAUGCGGUAUUAGACGAGCUCAACAAUUGGGUGUUUUGCGUUAUGCUCGCGGUCCCUAUCAGCCGGCAUCACAACCACCCACAUACGAUGUCGGUUUACCUCAGGGUGUGGUUAUGAAUCCUUUAGAUGCUCAGUGUAAUCGUCAACGUAACGAUGCCAUCUGCGUGAGCCAAUUAAAAAGUGCUCAGGAAAUUGAUCGCGGCAUUCUCUCCGAGAAGCCAGAUGUUAAAAUCUUCUUGCCGUUCCGUUUCUAUGUGUAUCGUCCCGAAGAACUAUUCCAGCCUAAUACUUAUAACAGAUUCUUAGUUGCACCUACUGGUGAUCAUGUUAUCUCUUUGAUCGAUGAAAUCUCAUACUUAUCGGCACCUGCACCAUUAACGUCACAAUACAAUGAAAUUAAUCCAGAACAAUUCUGUAACGGUGACAAUAGACCAGCGGAUUGCGGUCCGAAUUGCAUGUGCACCCACAAAAUUGAUAUACCAUUGAAUGCUGUAGUCGAGGUGGUGCUAGUCGAUGAAGUGCAACAGCCUAAUUUAUCACAUCCUUUCCAUUUGCAUGGAUACGGUUUCAGUGUAGUCGGUAUUGGACGUUCGCCCGAUAUGACAGUGAAAAAGAUUAACUUAAAGCACGCUUUAGAUUUGGAUAGACGCGGUCUAUUGAACCGACAAUACAAUUUACCGCCCACCAAGGAUACCAUUGCUGUACCCAACAACGGUUACGUAGUCCUAAGAUUUAGAGCUGAUAAUCCAGGCUUUUGGUUAUUCCAUUGUCACUUUUUGUUCCACAUUGUUAUUGGUAUGAAUUUAAUAUUACAAGUGGGUACAAACGCUGACAUGCCGCCUGUUCCUCCCGGUUUCCCUACAUGCGGUGAUCAUACACCGCCUAUACCAAUUAAUUAACUUUAACUAUUCUCUCUAAUUCCUUCCUUCUCACGCUCACUUUCUUUUGCUCUUGCUCUAGCUCUCUCUCUCUCUCUCUCUAUCUAUCUAUCUAUCUCUCUCUCUUUUUUUCACUAUCUCUUUUUCACUAUCUCUGUCUUUCUCUUACAACCCAAUCCUACUUGAAAUAAUUAAUAGGUGUUAAUGGUUUUUUAGGAACAUUUCCCUUUAAAUCUUUAAUAGAAGAGAAAAAUAUAAAUGACAGAAAAAGCCGGAGAGCAAAAUUUUAGAAAAAAUGAAGUUAACGGGCAAAAAUGCGAAAAAAGUGAAGAUCAAACAAAAGAAAAAAUUCAUUACUCUGCUCGGAGACUAAGAAAAGGUUUUCAAUGUUUAGCAAGCAAAAGACCUCUUGACUUGUGCUUCUCUCCCUUCUCUUUUCAUGUUCUGUAUUUUAUUCUUAAAUAAAGCUUUACGAAAAGUUUAAAGCUUUUAUUGUAAUUUACAAAAACUCCCUAAAUGUGUACAAUAAACGAAAUGAAAGCAAAAUGCGCUUUAGAUAAGAAAAACGGAAACAGAGAGGAACAUAAUAUAUUUACACCAAGAAAAGAUUUUGUCCUUCACCCGAUUUGUAAGUGAAUAUAAAAUAAAAGAAAAAAAUAUUCAAUAUCUUUUCAAACGGAAAAAGAAAACAAAUAAGAAAAUUAUA